AUGCCUUCUGAGAAGGAACGCACCAAGAGGAGCCUCACCCAGAGGCUGGCCCUGAAAAGCCGUGUAGCUAAGGAGACAAUCUCGGAGUUCCUGGGCACCUUUAUAAUGAUUGUCCUUGGAUGUGGCUCUGUUGCCCAAGCAGUUCUCAGUCGAGGACAUCUUGGUGGAAUUGUCACUAUCAAUGUUGGAUUUGCCAUGGCAGUUGUGAUGGCUAUUUACGUCACUGGAGGUGUCUCUGGAGGCCACAUCAACCCAGCUGUGUCCUUUGCAAUGUGUGUCUUUGGAAGGAUGGAAUGGUUCAAGUUACCAUUUUAUGUGGGAGCCCAGUUUUUAGGAGCCUUUGUGGGGGCUGCAGCUGUCUUUGGUGUUUACUAUGAUGGACUCAUGGCCUUUGCUGAUGGACAAUUGCUCAUCGUGGGAGAAAAUGCAACAGCGUUCAUUUUUGCAACAUACCCAGCUCCAUUCAUAUCCCUGCCAAAUGCCUUUGUAGACCAAGUGCUGUCCACCAUGUUCCUCCUUCUGAUUGUCUUCGCCAUUUUUGACUCCAGAAACAUGGGGGUCCCCAGGGGCCUAGAGCCCGUUAUCAUUGGCCUCCUGAUCAUUGCCCUUUCUUGUUCUCUGGGCCUCAACACCGGCUGUGCCAUGAACCCAGCUCGAGACCUGAGCCCCAGGCUCUUCACUGCUCUGGCAGGAUGGGGGUUUGAGGUCUUCACAGUUGGAAAUAACUUCUGGUGGAUUCCUGUUGUGGGCCCCAUGGUUGGCGCUGUCCUUGGAGGUCUCUUCUACAUCCUCUUAAUCCAAAUGCAUCACUCAGACCCCAGCCCAGAGGUGAAGGCAGAGCCAUAUGAAAACAAGCUAGAGAAACAUGAACUCAGCGUCAUCAUGUAG